CCCCCCUGCCGUGUACCACAUUGUUCGUGAUUGUUCGUAGUACAGUCCUCGAACGAGAUUCGCAUUGCAUUGUUGCAUUAGCGUAAAGACUGGUAAGGAGAGAUGUCACGAAGAGCUAUCAAAUCGAUUAAUUGGGCGGCUCUUCUUGAGCGACUUCCGGAAUCUGAAAAAAAUGUAUACGUUACAUUUAGGGCUAAAUCAGAUCAGUACUUACGACGAAUGACAGCUAACCCAGAAUCACCACCAAAAAUUGAUUGGUCAUACUACAAGAGAACUAUCACGACUCCCGGUUUAGUAGAUAAAUUUCAGAAAGAAUAUGAAGCAUUGUCGAUACCUUACCCAGCUGACAAAUAUACAGCUGAUAUUGAAUCUGAAGAAAAGGAAACUCUUAAACAAAUUGACAACUUUGUACAAGAAGCCAACCAAAUGAUUGAAAAUGCAAAAAUUGAAAUAGAAAAAAUCCAGCAGUUAUUACCGUACUCAGAGAUGACACUGGAAGAUUUUAGGGAUAUACAUCCAGAGGAAGCUAUUAAUCCUGAUAAACCUACCGCAUGGCCACAUACUCCAGAAGUGCAAGCAUCUAUGGACGCGGGAGACCCGAAAAAAGCUAAUUAAUUGCCUUCAGUGCAUAAAAAAAUUACUUUAGUACUGAUGUAAUAUCGAUCACUGAUAAUUAUCAUUAAUGACAUUCGUUAUUAUAAAUUUCCUAAACUGUGAAUAGAGACUAAAUUUAGGAAGAUUUUGGAACUGUUCAAA